AUGGAAGUAGAAAGUCCACGAGCUCGUGCGGCCAGAAUACUUAAAGCAACAUUCUUACAAGCACUGCAGAACAAUGACUGUAAAUCCCUGAACGAAAUCCUGGGGAAGAAGAAGAUAGACGUUGAUACCAUUUUUGAAGUGGAAGAUGAAACCAUGAUUUUGGCAUCUUAUAAACAAGGUUACUGGCUGCCAAGUUACAAACUGGGGUCAUCCUGGACAACAGGCCUACACUUAGCAGUGAUGCUUGGUCACCUGGAGAGUGUGGCAGUGCUACUAAACCAUCACGCUAGUGUAAAUUAUCAACCAAACGGGAAAGCACCUUUACAUGUUGCCAUUGAUGUGAAAAACAGGGACUGCGUUAGCAAGUUGUUACAUCAUGGAGCUAAAGUAAAUUCUUUUUCACUGAGUGGAUAUACACCAUUACAUUUAUGCAGAACGAAGGAGUCAGUUUCCUGUGCAAAAUUACUGAUCUGGAAUGGUGCCAACCUGAAUCUACAGGCUAACAAUGAUUAUCAAGAUACCCCACUGCACACAGCCACACGCUUUGGUGUACCUGAACUCGUGGCCCUUUACGUCAACCAUGGAGCAGAUGUUGAUAGUCUUAAUGUCUAUAGUGAAACACCGCUUAUUACAGCAAUUUACUGGGCUUUAAACAUGAAGGAACAACAAUAUAGCACAGACCAUCAUCUGAUCUGUAGAAUGCUUAUAGACUAUGGAGCUUCUGUGAAUGCUCGAGAUCGGGAUUACAAAUCUCCACUUCAUAAAGCAGCAUGGAAUUGUGACCAUCUGCUCCUGAAAAUGUUGUUAGAAUCAGGCGCCCAUAUUGGGUCAAUGGAUGUCAAUGGCUGUGCCUCUCUACAAUACCUCCUGAAGGUCACAGGAGUGCGUCCUGCAGCACAACCAGAGAAAUGUUAUCAACUGCUGCUAAACCAUGGAGCUGCAAGGGUUUACCCUCCGCAGUUUCACAAGGUACUGCAAUCAUGCUCCAGCUGUCCAAAAGCAGUGGAGGUUAUGAUCAAUUCAUAUGAAUUCAUUCAAUCCACGCCAAAGUGGAGGCAAGUUAUACCAGAUGAGAUCCUAGAGCAACACUGGGAAUUCUAUAAAUCCCUGUUUGAUGUCUGUGGAAGAUCUCCACGCUCUCUGAUGCACCUGGCUAGAUGUGCUAUUCGAGCAGUGUUACAGAAAAGGUGUUACAAAGCAGUGCCAAAACUUAACCUUCCACUUCGACUUAAAAAAUAUCUUCUAUUAGAACCAGAGGGUGUGUUCUACUGA